AUGCAGUCGAAGCAAUUUAUUAAAAAAAGUGUCUCUCCGCAGCUGGAGCUACUCAUCACUGAUAAGAGAAUUAUUAAAGAUUCAGAUAGUAACGAAAUAAAGAAACAAGAUGUUGAAGAAAGAGAAGAAGCGGCAACAGAAGAGAUCUAUGAAGAGAAAACAAAGAAGCAAGACGGGGACCUGACUACACCCACAUUUAGACAAGGUAGGACAGAAGUCUCAUCGAAAGAGCUGACAAGAGGUAGACCAUCUGCAUGCGUGUUUGUAGCCAGUCUUUGUUCGACGAGAUCAGAUGAUGAAUUGUGUUUAGCGGUUACUGAACAUUUUCAGCAGUGGGGUGAACUUUCUACUGUGAAGGUGUUGAGAGAUACCGCAAACAGACCUUAUGCAUUCGUCCAGUAUUCUAACGACAAAGAUUCCAAAUUUGCAAUAAGAGAGGGUCAUAAUUCAGUGUUAAAUGGAAGAAAUAUUAGAUGCGAAGCUGCCAAAGUAAACAGAACUUUGUUUAUAACUUCCAGAUCAACCAUUACCGAAAGUGAAGUGAGAGAAGUUCUUGGUGACUUUGGGGAGAUAGAGCAGCUAAUUUGCAGUAAUGAAUAUGGCAAUAUUUAUACGAUGAAAAAAGGGUUCAAAAAUUCCAAAUCAUGGUUCUGCAAGUUCGUUUAUAGAGACGAUGCAAUCAGAGCUUUUGCUAACUUGACAGAGUCCAGUACCUUGAAGGUUGAAUGGACACAAAACAUUGAAGAGACAGAUUCGGUUGACUCUGAAAAGUUAUUAUCUGAAGAUCAUAGCAAACCACGAUUCGACAAAUAUUCGAUAUUUGUCGGCCAGUUAAGUCAAAAAAUCACCGAGGAAGAUUUAAAAGAAAGAUUUGAACUUCACGGAGAGAUAGCUGAUAUAGUGAUCAUCAGGAGACCCAUAAAUACUAUAUCGUUCAUAAAGUUUAAGGAAGAGGCCAGCGCUGCAAGUGCAGUAGAGAGAGAAAAUCAUGCAAUGUUCAAUGGUAAGACAAUGCAUGUUCAGUACCGCGAGAUCCAUCCAUACUCAAAUAAACCCACUACAUCUAAAUCAAGUGGAAUUGCAUUAGCACCACCUCCAAUUAAUUUAAAUAGAAGACUGAUUAGCUCCAGUAAUGGGAAGACAAAUAAUACGUUUGUUACAAGAAAAGUAUCAGGUGGACACAAUACAUUUCCUAUGUCAAAACCUAAAUUCAAUGGCCAUUCCUUUAAUAAUUUCAAUAGAAGCAAAAACAACUACUAUAAGAAUGGAUUUAUUAAUCAACAACCAAAAUCAUUUGGGAUCAAUUCAAGAGGGGGAACUUCUGCAGCAACAAAGGGUCAAAAGUCUUACAGGUUUAAUGAGUUCGAAUAUUCCAAAUCAAAAGAAAAUCUUGAGCCUGGUGAAUACGAUGUACAAACACCACCGCAGAGCGUUCAAACAUCAGAUUCUCAUACUAUGGUCAAGAGUGGUUACUCUCCUUCAAGUGCUGUAAACAGUGAAAGAUCUGAUUAUGUGAAACCAGGAAAGAAGGAUAUCCACAGUACUAAACAUGAGAUUGCUAAUCCCAAUAUUCCUUACUUUUAUUAUAUUCCAAACACUGAACUUAAUGGCGGUAUCGGCAAUAAGUUCUCAACACCACAAAACUAUUACAAUCCUUACCAACAUUUUUAUCUCCCAUAUGAGCCAAAUCAACAUCAAGGUGGUUAUAGGAUUCCUUCAUUUCCUAUUUUUUACUCUGCAACAGGAAAUGGACCAGAGUUUAAUAACUUCAUGCCUCUUGAUAAGGAACAGCAAUAA